GACGUUGCUGGCAGCGUGGAAAGUUUUUCUUAUAAAACUGGCGGCGAGUUCGUGUUUCUGCGCUUCUUUCUCCAUGUUUUACAUUUAAAAUCUUAGCAGGGUUACUGUUUUUUUUUUUUCCUGUUAUAUUCCGGUUUAAUAAUACGGUUUAAUGACCUUAGCUUCACUUUCUAGCUUCAUUUCCGGAGCUUUUCGGGUGCACCUCACGCGCUUCACAGUCACGAGCAGCUGGUUGUGUCUUUCGGUAAUUCAGGAGCUCUGCGUGUGUUUUUAAAAAAGUGAACCUGUAAAUAUCACAAUUAGACUCCAGAAUAGUGUGCCUCACUUAUUCUCACUUAUUUAUAUACGGUAAAUUAUUGUAAUUGUAUUUAAAUGACCUGUGCUCUUUGGUGAUCCUGUUGGAUCCAGCAAACUGUUUAAAUCCAGAUAAAAAUUUAAUAGGGAAACAAAAAUCGAUCAUAAAGCAGGUUGACCUGCAGGCGAAGAUGAACACAGCAGUUGGGUUUCUCCCUGAAAUUAAUAUCAACAAAAGCAAACAGAGGAGGAGCACUUACUACAGCAGGAUGAAGCAGACAAAGGAGUCCCUUCGAGCCAGACUGAACCCGGCUGGACCAGCAGAGACUCUGACCAGGAAAGAAAUCGCUCUGUUCAGAAGCAGUCUGAAGCAGAGCAUCUGUGUGCGGCUGCUGCAGGAAGGCUUCCACAGGUCGUUCUCUGAGCUCGUCUCUCUGCUGCAAUCUGACCAGGACUGGAGAGCGAUGGCUGAACCGGGAUCACUCAGGAUUCUUGCUCCUCCUCUGUCGGAACAAAAAUACAAAAUGGAGACCAUCAGCCAGCACCUGAGCUUGGCCGAGGAGGCUGAAAGGACCGGUAUCUGGUCCACCGUCUGCGAGGAGCGUCUCCUUUUGGGUCGGUUCUUCUCAGACCCUGAGGACCUCUGGCUCCGCUUCUACUUCUACCACAGCUGUACUGACAGGGAGAAAGGGAGGUUCUCCAGAGCAGCCACCGAGGCCCGGGCCUGCCUGACUGAGCUCUACCUGGAUCAAGGUGAUCUGGAGGAGGCGAGGCAGCAGGGAGAGCUGUGCUGCAAACAGGCAGAGGAUGGCGGCUGGCUGGACUCAGACGGUCGAUCCCUGAAGCUCCGAGCCUGCCGGGAUCUGUGGAAGAUCUACAGAGAACUCGCGGAGGCGCUGCUGGCUGCUGAGGACCACAAGAAGGCCCUGACGCUGCUGCACGAAGGCAACCGCAGGGCCAUGGAGUCUGAAGACAAACAGCUGAAGGGGGAGGCGGCUUUCCAAGUAGGUCUAGCCAAUCAGAGAGCAGGAGACCAUGGCACAGCCAAAAAGUUCUUUAACAGCAGCAUGGAGAUUUUUCACAGCCUGGACGACACAGAUGGACUGGUGAAGGCCUACAAAGCUUUGGCAAAGUCUCUAAAGAGUGAGGGAUACAUCGAGGAGGUGGUCGCAUGUCUGGAGAAGUUAGCCACCAUGUCUCGUAGCAGCAGGCUGCAGCACAGACUGAUCGAUGUCUCUCUGUGUCUAGGAAACAUCUACUUCAGCAGGAGUCAGUAUGUGAGAGCUGGUGAGUACUGCCUGCAGGGCUACGAGGUGGCCUGCACCACAGAAGAUGUGGCUCAGCUGCAGCGAGCACAGGUGUUGGUGGCCUCCGCUCACGCCCAUGCCACGAUUGGAAAAUACGGCGCCAACCUGACGUCGACCUCGCCCGCUCCCCUGCAGCGGCUGCUCGACUGGAAAGUGAAACGAGGACGUGAGGACCUCAGUGUGGAGGAGUACUACUCUCCUGCCUGGUUUAAAUGUGCCAUUGUUUAACGAUAGGAGGGAGAGAAAGGAGGAGAGUUACUCGUUACCGUGAAUAAAGAUGAAACCCUGAAACACCUGCUGUGUGCUUUGUCGAGGCCAAACGUUUUGGCAGCGGCACAAAUUUACUGUUUAAAUUUUUCUUCGGAUGUUUUUUUUCUAAAAAAAAUAAACUGAAAAUUAAAACUAGAGUGGAAAAAUGUCUUUAGCUAACUAACUUUUCUUUUAAAACACAGAUUUCUGAAAGAAAAUUAAAAUUAAGAGAAACGAUUUUAUGGGUUCCUCCCACAGUCCAGAGACAUUAGUAGUUAGUGGGGUUAGGAUAACUGGUGACUGUAAACUGGCUAUAGGUGUGAAUGUCUCUCUGUGUUAGCCCUGCGACAGACGCCUCUCGCCUCAGACUCAUUUUUAUCGUCAUUCAAACAUCUGACUUGAAGGAAACACAGAUCAUAGUAAUGCAGCAUACGAGCAACGAUUAUAGGAUCCUAUAUGAUAGCCUAGAACAUCUAUGAUCAUUUAUCCAAAUCUCGCUUCCUUACAGUAUCAAUUAAAUAUAACAGUGAAAAUAAUAAAAGGUAAACUAAGGGUGGCUCCUUUAAAAACCUUUCCUUCACUAACACUGCACCAUGGUUUACCUUUGAAUUGCUGAAGGCCAUCAUCCACAAAGAAAUGUACAGCAGCCAUAUAGAUGCCAUUACAAGGACGCUGUCCUUAUCACACUGGUCUAAUCACAGCACGUCACAAGGUCCCUUUUCUGCAUAGCCAACAAUGUACUACAACCACACAAUUCAUCUGUACUCAAGCACUUGUAAUGUUUUAAUGUCAGUUUUUAUACUAGGUGCUAAAAAUUAGUUUUAUUGACUUGAUAUAUAUUUUGUUUGUCAUUGGUUAUUUUUUACAAGUCUUCUAUGUAAGGUGACCUUGAGUGUUUUAAAAGACGCCAAAAUAAAUAAAAUGCACUAUCAUCAUUAUUGUCAUUGUUAUUAAAACUAAACAUUUUCAAGCAUUAAAAACUUGUCUGAAACUUAGCAAACGAAAGUGUAGAAAGAAGAGAAAUGGACAUCAAAGCAUGAGGUCUAGGAUUUGAGUUUUAUUUACAUGUUAUGUUCUAACUGAUAAAAGGGCAACACAAAAACUGUAAUGGAAACUUUAAUUUUUAUAAAUAUUUUUCAUGACUUUAUCACCUAAAACAGUCCCUCAUCAUAACAAUAUUCUAAAUAUUUUUUUAAAAGUUUACUAUAAUUAUUUGUUUGUAGUUCAACAAAUGGUGCAUAUUCUUAAUAAAUAGCUUUUUCAAUAUUUAAUAAAAUGUGCUAAUGUUAUACUGACCCUUACAUCCAUUGUUUCUUAACCUGUUUCUUAC